AUGAAUACCAGCGUGAACUUCUCGUCUGCUCUUAAGGGGCUGGCGGCCGUGGACCCUGAAUCAGUUGAAUUCCUUACUUUCUCCGAUGAAGAUAUUAAACAACUCAGCGUUGUCAAAAUAACCAAUACUAUCUCUUUUGAUUCAUUGGGUAACCCUACUAAAGGAGGACUAUACGAUCCCCUUAUGGGCCCAAUCAGAGAUAGGAACGAUGAAUGUGCUACAUGCGGAAAUGUCUUAUUAAACUGCCCAGGUCAUUUUGGUCACAUAGAACUACCCCUUAUUGUUACGAAUCCCCUGUAUAUAAAAAAUAUAUAUUCGUUAUUUCGUGUGAGCUGCUUAAAGUGUUUCAAGAUUCAAUUAGAUGAGAAAUUGUCAACUAUAUUAAAGUUGCAGUUGGACCUCAUCGAUGCAGGCUACAUCACAGCUGCUUUGGAUCUAGAAAAUUUUGUCAUUGAUAUGAAGGACAAGUCGGGCACUUUAGACAAACCACACAAGACCAUAAGAAAAUAUCAGAAGAUGUUGAGGAAGACUGAUGCUGUGACAAAGGCAUUUCAAAAUAAAAAUAUAGACAAACUCCGAAGCAAAGUCAUAAAUAAUUAUUUUAAAGCAAUAAAUACAUUGAAAAAUUGCAUUUUCUGCAGAAAUAAAUUAAUAAAAGUCACCACCACAGAUAAUAAGAUUAUGUAUAACACAAGUGCAGAAAGCGGCAAAAAGGGAGGAAGUAUUAAAAUACUGAUGCCAGAUGAACUGCAACAAUUCUGUGCCUCUAUUGCUGAGAAUAAUGAGGACAUAUUGAAGUACUGUCUUCCCAUACUGAAGCAUGCUAAAAUCAAGCCAGUCACUGACAUAUUCUUUAUGAAGGUAUUACCAGUUCUACCUAUUAACGUAAGACCGUGCAAUGUUUUACGAGGAGAAAUAUUGGAAAAUCCCCAAAGUAAGAGUUAUCAAGCUGUUCUCAAGAGAGCCUAUACUGCACUAGUUGUUCUACAGGUAUUAAAGUCACCUGACCAAGACAAAGCUAUUGGCCAGCUAAAUGCAGAAUCUAGACAAACAUAUGAAUCGGCGAUGGGCAAAACUCCAGCAGAAAAAUUACACUUGGUUUGGCAAGAAUUGCAACGGCAUGUGAAUCAAGUUUUGGAUUGCGAUAUUUCAGGAGGAACCGGCUCACAAGGACUGAAACAAGUCAUCGAGAAAAAGGAGGGAGUAAUUAGAAUGCACAUGAUGGGGAAAAGAGUCAACUUUGCAGCACGUUCUGUUAUCACCCCUGAUCCUAAUUUAGAUAUUGAUGAAAUUGGUAUCCCUGAUGCUUUUGCUACAAAACUAACAUAUCCCGUUCCUGUAACUGAUUGGAAUGUCGAUGAACUGAGAAAAAUGGUCAUCAACGGCCCAAAUAUACACCCUGGGGCCGAAAAGAUUGAGAUAAAAAACGGAAGGAUUAUACGGAUACCUCCAGAUUCAAAGAGUAAAAGAGAGAGCCUGGCAAAAAGAUUGUUCACUCCAGAAGAAGAUAAGAAAAGCGUUUUGAAAAUUGUUCACAGACAUCUGAUAAAUGGAGAUGUUUUGAUAUUAAAUAGGCAGCCAUCUCUCCAUAAACCCAGUAUGAUGGCGCACAGAGCGCGAAUCUUGAAAGGUGAAAAGACUAUUAGACUACACUAUGCAAAUUGUAAGUCAUACAAUGCUGAUUUUGAUGGAGACGAAAUGAAUGCUCAUUUUCCUCAAAAUGAAAUUGCAAGAAGUGAGGCAUAUAACAUUAUGUCUGUCCGCAAACAAUAUUUAGUACCAAAAGAUGGAACACCGUUAAGUGGAUUAAUCCAAGAUCAUGUUAUAUCCGGUGUAAGAAUCUCUCUCCGGGGGACUUUCUUUUCGAAAGCCGACUACCAACAAUUAGUCUUUCAGGCUUUGUCUAAUCAUAAAGGUGAAAUUAAACUCCUUCCACCAACCAUAUUGAAACCCAGACUGUUAUGGUCUGGGAAGCAAGUUCUUUCUACUAUUAUAAUUAAUAGUAUUCCUAAAGGUAAAAUGUAUCUUUCAUUGGUUGGCAAAGCUAAGAUUGGUGAGAAAGCCUGGCAGAAACAGCAGCCAAGACCAUGGGCAGCUGGUGGUUCUCCAUUGGCUAGUAAUGAUAUGUCUGAGGCACAAGUUAUCAUACGGAAAGGAGAACUUUUGUGUGGAGUUUUAGAUAAAACCCAUUAUGGAGCAACUCCUUAUGGUCUAGUCCAUUGCAUGAAUGAACUAUACGGAGGCGAGUCCUCUACAGCAUUACUUAGUGCAUUUUCGAAAGUCUUUACCUUUUAUCUCCAGUGGUUAGGCUUCACUCUUGGUGUGAAAGAUAUUCUAGUUGUAGAGGAGGCUGAUAAAAGGAGAGAAGAAAUAGUAAGACUUGUAAGACAAAUUGGUAAAGUUGCAGCAGUUAAAGCUACUGAGUUGCCAGCAGAUGUUGAUGAUGAUAAACUUAAAGAAACUAUAGGUGAAAUGUUAACAAAGGAUCCAAAGUUUCGAGCUGGCUUAGAUAGGCAAUAUAAAAAUGUGCUUGAUUCAUAUACAAACGAUAUUAACACUGUUUGUUUGUCAAAGGGUUUGUUAGAAAAGUUUCCAUCAAAUAAUCUUCAGUUAAUGGUUCAAUCCGGAGCUAAAGGAUCAACAGUUAAUACCAUGCAAAUAUCAUGUUUGCUCGGGCAAAUUGAACUAGAAGGCAAGAGGCCUCCAUUGAUGAUGUCCGGGAAGUCUUUACCCAGUUUUCCUCAAUAUGAUUUUUCACCUAGAGCUGGUGGAUUUAUUGAUGGACGUUUCAUGACUGGUAUACAACCGCAAGAGUUCUUUUUCCACUGCAUGGCUGGACGUGAAGGUCUUAUUGAUACAGCUGUUAAGACAAGUCGUUCUGGUUAUCUACAGAGGUGUUUGAUCAAACAUCUGGAAGGUCUGAGUAUAGCAUAUGAUCAUACCGUGCGUGAUGCAGAUGGGAGUGUAAUUCAAUUUGCAUACGGUGAAGACGGGCUUGAUGUGUUAAAAUGUCAAUAUCUCAAGCACAGCCAAUUACAGUUCCUGGAUAUUAAUUCAAACGCUGUUGUUAGCAAGUCCACUAUAAAGAAACUACAAGAAGACGAAGACGCUAAAGUAAUUGCCAAGGCACAAAAAUCUCUUAAAAAAUGGAAGAAGAAGUUUGGAAGUCCAACCAAAAAACCAACAUCUUGUGGCUUUGCACAAUACAGUGCCCUCGCACGUCAGAAUGUUACACUCGAUGAGUUGCCAACGGACAGAACUCGAGACCCAUUCUAUUGGGAAUUGGAGAAAAUGUGGAGGUCUUUAGACGAAGAGGAGCGUGCACAGUACACGCGAAAACGUUGUCCAGACCCGAUACCAAGUAAAAUGUCGCCAGAGUAUAAAUUCGGUGUCAUCAACGAAGAACUAGACGGUCUGAUUAAUAACUAUUUGAAGAAUCGUGAUAAGAACAUCUUCGACGAAUACACAGACAGUGAAAGCUUUAAGAAUGUCAUGAAUGCCAAGUAUUUAGCCUCCAUGGCUCCCCCUGGUGAACCCGUCGGAUUAUUGGCAGCCCAAUCUAUCGGUGAACCUUCAACACAGAUGACACUGAACACUUUCCACUUUGCUGGGAGAGGUGAUAUGAACGUCACCCUCGGUAUUCCUCGUCUUAGAGAAAUUCUUAUGACCGCGUCCGCUAAUCUUAAAACGCCGAAUAUGGAUAUACCCUUCCUUGAUAAUCUGUCUGGAUUGACUCGCAAAGCGGAGAAGCUGAGGAAGAAAAUGAACCGGGUCACUGUCGCCGAUGUCUUAGAAAAAAUUGACGUCGAGUGCGAGAUUGUAACGCACCCAGAUCGCCAGCUUAAAACGACCAUGCGCUUCGUCUUCCUACCCCACUCACAAUAUAAAACUCAGUACGUCGUGAAACCGGCGCAAAUCAUCAAACAUAUGCAAAACAAAUUCUUCAAGGAAAUGUUUGCGUUUAUAAGGAAGCAAGUGAAGACGAGCAUAGGGAUCACGUGGACGGCUGAAAAGAAGUCGAAGAAGAAAAAUGUUUCCAGUGAUGAUGAAGAUGAUGAAGUUGCAAAUGAGCCACGAAAAACUGUCGUCGAUGUGGACGAUAGUUCAGAUGAAGAAGGUCCUAACGAAGACGACGACAACACUGACGUGAAGUUACGGAGUAAGCGGGCUGAAGAGCAAGAAUAUGACGACCCCGAAUCGGAAGAAGAAGAAAAAUCUGAUGACGAAGCGGAAAAUACACAAGUAGACCCCAAGGAAAACGAAGAACCUUCGGAUACCAUUAGCAGCGCAGAAAGCAAAGCUAUGGCGGAAGUCGUUGAGAAGAUAAGCGACGCUACCAACUAUACAUUCGACACGAAAAGCCACCAGUGGUGCGAGUUAACCGUACUCUUCCCCAUAGCGUUCCUUCGAGUCGAUCUCAGUCAAGCACUACGCGAGGCAGCUUCCAAAUCCAUCAUCUACGAAAUCAAUCACAUCAAACGAGCCAUCACCAACACGGAGAAGGGCGUUCUAUAUUUGAAAACCGAGGGUAUUAACAUCGUCCAGAUGUUCAAGUACAACGAUUUAUUGGACCUCAACAGGUUGUACACGAACGAUGUACACGCGAUCGCAAACACGUACGGAAUAGAGGCAGCAAACAAAGUGAUCAUAAAGGAGAUCCAGAACGUGUUCAACGUCUAUGGUAUAGAAGUGGAUCCGCGGCACUUGUCUCUGGUCGCGGACUAUAUGACUUAUAAUGGUUUCUUUGAGCCGAUGAGUCGUAAGGGCAUGGAGGCCUCGUCCUCACCGUUGCAGCAAAUGUCCUUCGAAUCUUCUUUGAUAUUUUUGAAAGAGGCAGUGCUGAAUGCUAAAGUGGACAAUCUUCGUUCAGCAUCUAGUUGUCUUAUGCUGGGACAGCCGUGCCGUAGUGGGACUGGCGCGUUUGAUCUACAACUUCGCAGUACUGUUGUGGGUUGA